AUGGGCAACCCCAUGAUGGGCAACCCCACUACGAGCAACUCCCCAAUGGGCAACCCCAUGAUGGACAACCCUGUGAUGGGCAACCCCACAACAGGCAACCCCGCUACGGGCAAUCCAGUGAUGAGUAACCCCACCAUGGGCAACCCCACGAUGCGCAACCCCCCGAUGGGCAACCCCAUGAUGGGCAACCCCGCAACGGGCAACUCCGCUAUGGGCAACCCCCCGAAGGGCAACCCCAUGAUGGGCAACCCCGCGACGGGCAAUGCCCCGAUGGGCAACCCCGCCAUGGGCAACCCCACGACAGGCCACCCCGUGAUGGGCAACUCCACCAUGGGCAACCCCGCCAUGGGCAACCCCGCGACGGGCAACCCCGUGAUGAGCAAGGUCAGCACGUACAGAAAGCCCCGCAAACCCCUCAAGGCCUUCGUGCAGGGAUCUCUCUGCAGCACGGCCACCACCUGUUACCGCCACGGCGCCUGCAGGGAUGGCCCUGAGAACUGCCACCCAAACCCAGCGCCUGGGAGACCACCUCGGGGAAGCACCCACACUGCAAGGAGGAGCGCUGAGCUCUGGGAGAGCCGGCCCUGCAUCUUCCUGUGGCCAUCCCCUCGGGACCUCAGGGUCCUGCAUCUUCCUGGGGCCGUCCUCCCCGACCUCGGGGUCCUGCAUCUUCCUGGGGCUGUCCUCCCCGACCUCAGCCUGGGGGAGCUAGGACAGGACACAAAGAGGAAAGAAAAGGACAAGGAGGGUAAAGGGUUCACAGGCAGAGCUGUUCCCGUGUGUGAGCCGGAGCCUCCACAGCCCAAGGCGGAGCGGCACCCGGGGAAGAAAGCAGAGCCCCUGAGGCUGGUGACGGUGCAGUGGGCAGGACUGAGAAGUGCGGCCUCACCCGGCUCUGCUCUGAUGGCGCCCACCCCCCAGCACCCCCAGCCCCCGAGCCCCCGGGGCCUGCCGCCUGACCCGCACCAGCCCCAUGCCUACCCUACUACACGGCCGGGUACCUUGUAG